AGAACUGCCAGAAAAAGGAUGCUAGGAAGCUACAAGCUCUCUGCCCCAUUGAACCAAAACAAAGCUCAAUUCCCCUUCCCUUCGCACUGAAUUUUCUCUACCCAUUUCCAUUACUCUUCCCAGUAUGCUCUCUUCAUACCCACUUGGGUUACCUUAGAUUUUACAGCCCUUUCAUCUGAACUCAAAUCAUGGGUUCCACAUGGAAGAAGGUGAAAGUGGCUCUCGGCUUCAAUAUGUGCCUCUAUGGCCCUCGAAAUCUUGAGGAUUCUUUGCCGUCCAUGGCGCCUAGAUUCUCCGACGGCGCUGCGCCGUCGAAUUUGCUUUCUCUGCCGGCGACACCCACCAAGUCGAAUUCCCUUCUCCAGCUCUCCAAAUCCUCAACCAUCUCGUCAAAGAGAACGUGUGCGAUAUGCCUGACUGUUAUGAGGCCGGGGAAGGGCCAUGCUAUCUUCACCGCCGAGUGCUCCCACUCGUUUCAUUUUCAUUGCAUCACAUCAAACGUUAAGCAUGGAAAUCAAAUUUGCCCAGUUUGCAGAGCCAAAUGGAAAGAGAUUCCUUUCCAGAGCCCAGCUUCAGAUAUUCCCAACAGAAUGAUGAGAUUCAACCAACUUGAUUGGUUACCAGAUGAGUCGUGGAUGACCGUUUUAAGAAGGGUUCGCCCCCCAUCGAUUGAUUUGCCUAGACAGGUAGCAUCUUUGUCUCAUGAGCCCGAACCUGGCCUGUUCGAUGAUGAUGAAGUCCUAGAAGACAUCCCUGAUAGAGGAACAUCUGAUGUAGAUCCUAUUGAUGGUUUUUUUGGGAAAAUUGAGGUUAAGACAUAUCCAGAAGUUUCAGCUGUUGCUCAAUCAGCAUUUUUUGAUAAUUUCACUGUAUUAGUGCAUAUCAAGGCUAGUUUUGCAAAUCACGGGCAGCAUUGUUGUGAAAAUCGAACACCAUUUCCUUCUCAAUGUUCUCGUGCUCCAGUUGACCUUGUCACGGUGCUUGAUGUCAGUGGGAGCAUGACUGGUACCAAGCUUGCUUUGCUAAAACGAGCAAUGGGUUUCGUGGUACAGAGCCUUGGCCCCUCGGAUCGGCUUUCUGUAAUUUGCUUCUCCUCUGCAGCACGACGUGUUUUUCCUCUUUGUCGGAUGACCGAGAGUGGACGACAACAGGCUUUGCAAGCUAUUAAUUCUUUGGUUUCAAAUGGUGGAACAAACAUCAUAGACGGUAUAAAGAAAGGGACCAAAGUAUUAGUAGACCGAAAGUGGAAGAAUCCUGUUUGUAGCAUUAUGCUACUUUCUGAUGGCCAGGAUACAUAUACUUUCGGCAUUGAUGGUUCACGUUUCGAAACUGACUAUCUGUCGCUUCUUCCGGUACCAAUCCAUCGUAAUAACAACACGGCGUUGCAGAUACCAGUGCAUUCGUUUGGUUUUGGCACCGACCAUGAUGCUACGACAAUGCACUUGAUCUCUGAGAUUUCAGGGGGAACGUUUUCAUUUGUAGAAGCGGAAAAUACAAUUCAGGAUGCGUUUGCUCAGUGCAUUGGAGGGCUCUUGAGUGUUGUUGUGCAAGAGCUUCAGGUUAGGAUUGAGUGUGUUCAUCCUAGUUUGCAGUUCGGUUCACUGAAAGCUGGAAACUACCGAUCGAACAUCGCUCCUGGUUCAAGAAUUGGCACAAUAAAUGUGGGAGACCUGUAUGCUCAAGAAGAACGAGACUUUUUGGUGACGAUCAAUGUACCGGUUGAUGGUUCCUUAGAAGAGAUGUCAUUGCUCAAAGUCGAUUGUACUUACCGAAUACCCAUUACGAACGAAAUGGUGACGUUAGAAGACGUUGAGGAAGUGAAGAUAAGAAGGCCUAAUGCGAUUGGAGAACAAUCUGUGUCGAUAGAAGUUGACAGGCAGCGCAAUCGAGUACAUGCCUUGGAGUCGAUGGCGAAGGCUCGUGCUGCAGCUGAACGGGGUGAUUUGGCCGAUGCAGUCUCUGUCUUGGAGGACUGUUAUAGAGCACUAUCAGAAACUAUCUCAGGACAAGCUGGUGAUCAUUUAUGCACAUCCCUUCGUGCUGAGCUAAAGGAGAUGAAGGAAAGAAUGGAAGACCAACGCAUCUAUGAUACUUCAGGAAGGGCGUAUGUUCUAUCAGGACUAAGCUCUCAUUCAUGGCAGCGAGCAACCACUCGUGGUGAUUCAACACGCAGCGGAAGCCUUAUGCAAUCGUACCAAACGCCAUCAAUGGUAGACAUGUUGACACGGUCUCAAACCAUGUUAUUAGGGAACCCAACACCACGGCCCCAAAGAACGCUCCGCCCUACAAUGACAUUUCCUGCUCGAACUCGUCAACGGUAAUCCAACGGUACCAUCGGUAACUUCAUCCUUCCUGCCAUUGUUGUAGACAUUUCCUGUUUUUGUGGUAUAUGGAGUUUUGUUGGGGGGUAUAUAUUUACCUAAUGGUUUGGCUGGUAUACUUCCUUGUUGUAAGCUGUAAAUGAAUAAGAAUUGUGGGUGAAAUAUGUUAGUAUAAUUGGCGUAGUAACAACUAUGAUGGCUAAGUCAAGCCAUGGUGGACUUGGAGACGCCACGCAAGGUGCAAGAAUUACGAUUCUUCCUCAUACUAGUCCUAGUUCGUGUGAUUUUGGUUGGAGGUAUAGAAGUGAAUUAUGGGGAUAUCGUGGCGAGUUUCACUAAGUAUGGUAUAAUAUUACUAAUUCUUUUCCUAA